CACACACACUGAAAACACCCACUGAACACACACACACACACACACACACACAGGGAACCCACGCCCCAUCCGUAAUUGAUGCUGGCUGUGGGCAGGCAGGCAGAUGCUGGAGGCAGGAGGAGAAAGAAGGGAGGAAGAAGCAAGAAAAGGAAGGAAAGCAGCUGGAUGUGUGUAUGGAGGAGAAAGAGGCAGGCAAGAUGGUGGAGCAGGGUAACCAGGAAGCUCCUCCCCCUCCAGACUCCAUGACUCAGCCGUACCCCUCCGCCCAGUUUGCACCCCCUCAGAACGGCCUGCCCGCUGAGUACAGCGCCUCACACCCCCACCCUCACCCUGCUCCCCCCGACUACACAGGACAGCCCCCAGUCAGCGAACACCCCCUCAACAUGUACCCCACUUCACAGAACCACAGUGAACAGAGUGGACAGGACACCAGCAUACAGACCGUCUCAGCCACGGCCACACAGACGGAGGAGGUGGCUCAGACAGACAGUCAGCAGCAGAGCCAGUCGUCUGACAGUUCUAACAGUAAGACACAACCCAAGCGGCUCCAUGUCUCCAACAUACCCUUCAGGUUCAGGGACCCAGACCUCAGGCAAAUGUUUGGCCAAUUUGGUAAAAUAUUAGACGUUGAAAUAAUUUUUAACGAGCGGGGCUCUAAGGGUUUUGGGUUCGUAACUUUCGAGCAUAGUGCGGACGCUGACGGGGCGCGAGAAAAAUUACACGGCACGGUCGUAGAAGGCCGUAAAAUAGAGGUCAACAAUGCAACAGCACGGGUAAUGACCAACAAGAAGACAGUCAACCCUUAUGCAAACGGGUGGAAGUUGAACCCAGUAGUCGGUGCAGUCUACAGUCCAGAGUUCUAUGCAGUACCGGGCUUCCCCUACCCAGCCAGUGCGGCAGUGGCGGCUUACAGAGGGGCCCAUCUAAGAGGUCGAGGGCGUACGGUCUACAACACAUUCAGAGCAGCCGCACCCCCACCUCACAUCCCCACAUAUGGAGGUGUUGUUUACCAGGAUGGAUUUUAUGGUGCAGAUAUUUAUGGUGGCUACGCUGCCUACAGAUAUGCACAACCUGCUGCCGCCACAGCUGCUGCGUACAGUGACAGUUACGGACCAGUAUAUGCUGCGGACCCCUACAACCACCCACUUGCUCCAGCAGCCACAUACAGCAUUGGUGCCAUGAAUGCGUUUGCCCCGUUGGCUGAUGCCAAGACGAGGAGUCAUGCUGACGAUGUGGGGCUGGUGCUGUCCUCCCUGCAGGCCAGUAUAUACAGGGGAGGUUACAGCCGCUUCGCCCCAUACUAACCUACCAAUCUCCCCACAACCAUACAACAAUCAAUUACUACCCUACCAACCAACCUCCCUACAACCAUACAACAACCAAUCCUUUCUGGCAGGGACACAACCAACCAACCAACCAACCAGUAUGUGAGUGAGACAGAGAGACAGAGAGACACAGAGAGAGAGAGAGAGAGA